GUGAGCGUGCGGGUGUGAGUGUGUGAUUCUGUGUGUGUGUGCGCGCGGGGUGCGUGUGCGCGCGGGGCCUGCCCAUUUUCCUCCUCGCGGCAGUCAGUUGGGAGCUGGAGGGAGGGAGGGAGACGCAGCCAGCGAGAAACCGGAGAGGAGCCGAGCGCCCUCCGCCCAAGGCGCCCUCCCUGCGUCCGCGCACAGGCGCCGUCGCUUUGAGGAGCAAGGUGCCUCCCAGCCCUCAAGGGCGCCGCGCACAAGCCCGCGGUCUCUUGGGUGGCUCUGCCCCGGGACUGCACCUGGAGGCAGCCCCGGACGGGGAUGGUAAGCGGCUGCCGCCGUCUGGCACGCAAGCAGGACGCGGUGAGGGCACCAUGGCGCUGACGCCCCGGAGGGGGCCCUCGGCGGGGCUCAUCCGGCCCGAGCUCUGGCUGCUGCUGUGGACAGCCGCGUGGCGCCUGGGUGCCACGGCGUGCCCCGCCCUCUGCACCUGCACUGGCACCACGGUGGAUUGCCAUGGCACAGGGCUGCAGGCCAUCCCCAAGAACAUCCCACGGAACACGGAGCGCCUGGAGCUCAACGGCAACAACAUCACUCGGAUCCACAAGAAUGACUUUGCGGGGCUCAAGCAGCUGCGGGUGCUGCAGCUGAUGGAGAACCAGAUUGGAGUGGUGGAACGGGGGGCUUUCGACGACAUGAAGGAGCUGGAGCGGCUACGACUGAACCGGAACCAGCUGCACAUGUUACCAGAACUGCUGUUCCAGAAUAACCAGGCUCUGUCGAGGCUGGACCUGAGUGAGAACACCAUCCAGGCAAUCCCCAGAAAAGCUUUUCGUGGAGCUACAGACCUCAAAAAUUUACAGCUGGACAAGAACCAGAUCAGCUGCAUUGAGGAAGGGGCCUUCCGGGCUCUGCGGGGGCUGGAGGUGCUGACCCUGAACAACAACAACAUCAGCAGCAUCCCCGUGUCCAGCUUCAACCACAUGCCCAAGCUGCGCACCUUCCGCCUGCACUCCAACCAUCUGUUCUGUGACUGCCACCUGGCCUGGCUCUCGCAGUGGCUGAGGCAGCGGCCAACUAUCGGGCUCUUCACCCAGUGCUCGGGCCCCGCCAGCCUGCGCGGCCUCAAUGUGGCCGAGGUCCAGAAGAAUGAGUUCAGCUGCUCAGGCCAGAGGGAGGCGGGGCGCGUGCCGUCCUGCAUCCUCUCCUCCGGCUCCUGCCCGGCCAUGUGCACCUGCAGCAAUGGCAUUGUGGACUGUCGUGGCAAAGGCCUCACCGCCAUCCCCGCCAACCUGCCGGAGACCAUGACGGAGAUCCGCCUGGAGCUCAAUGGGAUCAAGUCCAUCCCCCCGGGAGCCUUCUCUCCCUACAGAAAGCUGCGGAGGAUAGACCUGAGCAACAACCAGAUCGCGGAGAUCGCCCCCGAUGCCUUCCAGGGCCUCCGCUCCCUAAACUCGCUGGUCCUCUAUGGGAACAAGAUCACAGACCUCCCCCGGGGUGUGUUUGGAGGCCUGUACACCCUACAGCUCCUGCUCUUGAACGCCAACAAGAUCAACUGCAUCCGGCCCGACGUCUUCCAGGACCUGCAGAACCUCUCUCUUCUCUCCCUGUACGACAACAAGAUCCAGGGGCUCGCCAAGGGCACCUUCACCUCCCUGCGGGCCAUCCAGACCCUGCAUCUGGCACAGAACCCUUUCAUCUGCGACUGUAACCUCAAGUGGCUGGCGGACUUCCUGCGCACCAACCCCAUCGAGACGAGCGGGGCCCGCUGUGCCAGCCCCCGGCGCCUCGCCAACAAGCGCAUCGGACAGAUCAAGAGCAAGAAGUUCCGGUGCUCAGCCAAAGAGCAGUACUUCAUUCCAGGCACAGAGGAUUACCAGCUGAACAGCGAAUGCAACAGCGACGUGGUCUGUCCCCACAAGUGCCGCUGUGAGGCCAGCGUGGUGGAGUGCUCCAGCCUGAAGCUCACCAAGAUCCCUGAGCGCGUCCCCCAGUCCACGGCUGAGCUACGAUUAAACAACAAUGAGAUUUCCAUUCUGGAGGCCACUGGGAUGUUUAAAAAACUCACCCAUCUGAAGAAAAUCAAUCUGAGCAACAACAAGGUGUCGGAAAUUGAAGAUGGGGCCUUUGAGGGGGCAGCCUCCGUGAGCGAGCUGCACCUGACCGCCAACCAGCUGGAGUCCAUCCGGAGCGGCAUGUUCCGGGGCCUGGACGGCUUGAGGACCCUGAUGCUGAGGAACAAUCGCAUCAGCUGCAUCCACAACGACAGCUUCACCGGCCUGCGCAACGUCCGCCUCCUCUCGCUCUAUGACAACCAGAUCGCCACCAUCUCCCCCGGAGCCUUCGACACCCUCCAGGCCCUCUCCACGCUAAACCUUCUGGCCAACCCUUUCAACUGCAACUGCCAGCUGGCCUGGCUGGGCGACUGGCUGCGCAAGAGGAAGAUCGUGACGGGGAACCCGCGCUGCCAGAACCCAGGCUUCCUGCGGCAGAUUCCCCUGCAGGACGUGGCCUUCCCUGACUUCAGGUGUGAGGAAGGCCAGGAGGAGGGGGGCUGCCUGCCCCGCCCACAGUGCCCCCAGGAAUGUGCCUGCCUGGACACCGUGGUCCGAUGUAGCAACAAGCAUCUCCAGGCCCUGCCCAAGGGCAUCCCCAAGAACGUCACAGAACUCUACCUGGACGGGAACCAGUUCACACUGGUUCCGGGACAGCUGUCCACCUUCAAGUACCUGCAGCUUGUGGACCUGAGUAACAACAAGAUCAGUUCCUUAAGCAAUUCCUCCUUCACCAACAUGAGCCAGCUGACCACCCUGAUCCUCAGCUACAAUGCCCUCCGGUGCAUCCCUCCUCUGGCCUUCCAGGGCCUGCGCUCCCUGCGCCUGCUAUCCCUGCAUGGCAAUGACAUCUCCACCCUCCGAGAGGGCAUCUUCGCAGACGUGACCUCCCUGUCUCACCUGGCCAUUGGUGCCAACCCCCUGUACUGUGACUGCCACCUCCGCUGGCUGUCCAGCUGGGUGAAGACAGGCUACAAGGAGCCAGGCAUUGCCCGCUGCGCCGGGCCCCCAGACAUGGAGGGCAAGCUGCUUCUCACCACGCCUGCCAAGAAGUUUGAAUGCCAAGGUCCCCCCACCAUGGCUGUCCAGGCCAAGUGUGAUCCCUGCUUGUCCAGCCCGUGCCAGAACCAGGGCACCUGCCAUGACGACCCCCUCGAGGUGUACAGGUGUGCCUGCCCCAGCGGCUAUAAGGGUCGAGACUGUGAGGUGUCCCUGGACAGCUGUUCAAGCACCCCCUGUGGAAACGGUGGGACCUGCCACCCACAGGAGGGUGAGGAUGCUGGCUUCACGUGUUCCUGUCCCACUGGCUUUGAAGGACAGACCUGUGGGGUGAACACGGACGACUGUGUGGAGCACGCAUGUGCCAACGGGGGCACCUGUGUGGACGGUGUGGGCAACUACACUUGCCAAUGCCCCCUGCAGUAUGUGGGAAGGGCCUGUGAGCAGCUGGUGGACUUCUGCUCCCUGGAUUUGAACCCGUGUCAGCACGAGGCCCAGUGUGUGGGCACCCCAGACGGGCCCAGGUGUGAGUGUGCCCCAGGUUACACAGGUGAGAACUGCAGUGAGAACCAGGAUGACUGCAGAGAUCACCGCUGCCAGAAUGGGGCCCAGUGCAUGGACGAAGUCAACAGCUACUCCUGCCUCUGUGCUGAGGGCUAUAGUGGGCAGUUCUGUGAGACCCCACCCCACACGCCUGCCCCCAGGAACCCCUGCGAGGGGACUGAGUGCCAGAACGGGGCCGACUGUGUGGACCAGGGCAGCCGGCCGGUGUGUCAGUGCCUCCCGGGCUUUGGGGGCCCUGAGUGUGAGAAGCUGCUCAGUGUCAACUUCGUGGAUCGGGACACUUACCUGCAGUUCACCGACCUGCAGAACUGGCCACGGGCCAACAUCACGCUGCAGGUCUCCACGGCAGAGGACAAUGGGAUCCUGCUGUACAACGGGGACAAUGACCACAUCGCAGUGGAGCUGUACCAGGGCCAUGUGCGUGUCAGCUAUGAUCCAGGCAGCUACCCUAGCUCUGCCAUCUACAGUGCCGAGACAAUCAAUGAUGGGCAGUUCCAUACCGUUGAGCUGGUCACCCUUGACCAGAUGGUGAAUCUCUCCAUCGAUGGCGGUAGUCCCAUGACCAUGGACAACUUCGGCAAACACUACACGCUCAACAGCGAGGCCCCCCUGUAUGUGGGAGGGAUGCCGGUGGACGUGAACUCGGCUGCCUUCCGCCUGUGGCAGAUCCUCAAUGGCACCAGCUUCCACGGCUGCAUCCGAAACCUAUACAUCAACAACGAGCUUCAGGACUUCACCAAGACGCGGAUGAAGCCAGGCGUGGUGCCGGGCUGUGAGCCCUGUCGAAAGCUCUACUGCCUACAUGGCAUCUGCCAGCCCAACGCCACCCCGGGGCCCAUAUGCCAUUGUGAGGCUGGCUGGGGAGGCCUGCACUGUGACCAGCCAGCUGAUGGCCCCUGCCAUGGCCACAAGUGUGUCCACGGGAACUGCGUGCCCCUCGAUGCUCUUUCCUACAGCUGCCAGUGCCAGGAUGGGUACUCAGGGGCCCUGUGCAACCAAGCCGGGGCACCCGCGGACCCCUGCGGGGGCCUGCAGUGCCUGCAUGGCCACUGCCAGGCCUUGUCGACCAAGGGGGCACACUGUGUGUGUGACCCCGGCUUUUUGGGCGAGCUGUGUGAGCAAGAGACCGAGUGCCGGGGGGACCCUGUCCGGGACUUUCACCAGGUCCAGAGGGGCUAUGCCAUCUGCCAGACCACGCGCCCGCUGUCAUGGGUGGAAUGCCGGGGCUCCUGCCCAGGCCAGGGCUGCUGCCAGGGCCUGCGGCUGAAGCGGAGGAAGUUCACGUUUGAGUGCAGCGACGGGACCUCUUUUGCCGAGGAGGUGGAGAAGCCCACCAAGUGUGGCUGUGCCCUCUGCGCGUAGCGCCUGGCGUGGACGGGGAGGGCGAGGGCGGGCGAGGGGGCACGGCCGCGGCGGAGCCCGAGUGGCCAGCAGCUGGCCCGCCCGGGGUGCGGGCCAUCACCAGGAUGCUCCCGGGCGGCUGGGCCCUCUCGUGUGAGGCGGGGCCAGCCUCCCCGGGGCCGCGCGGCCUUCCUAAAGCCGACCGCGUGCAGCUGGGAGCGGAGCGGGUGGGCGUGGUCCCGGCUGCGGAGCGCCCUCCCCGGAAGUGCCUUGCACAAAUAGGCGCUUAAUAAAUAUUUGUUGAAUGAA